CAAUCUGAAGACUGAAGUCAUAGAUGUAUUUGAAAAUAUUUAUAAAUUUUGUUACAACAAUAAUUAUAUGAAUUGUAAACGUCCCAUUAAACUGAUCAAACAUCAAAUCUUAUUAAAAAAUAAAAGCCACAAAAACAAAGCAUUGCACACAUUUGCUAUAAAUAAUGGGAUGUUGCUGGAGCUGGUUUUGCAAAGAUGAUAAUUCUUUACAAAAUGAACCGAAUGAAAGAACACACCUUUUAGUAGAUCCCGUAUCAAACAACAUUAAUAUAUUAAAUCAGAGAGGUCACAGUGAUACCUUUUUAAGUGGGGAUUUAAAUGAUCUCCCAAAAAAGACUGAUGAACAAUCUGCGCUAACCAGAAUCCUGCAAGAAACCGCCACUAACGUAAUAGAUGUAGCAGCCCUAGAUUCUCAUAAUCUUCAACAACAUGAAUACCUAGAGAGAAUAAAAUUGUACAAUAUUAGGGUACAACAGGUGCUGUCGGCCAACAAGAAUACCAUCUCCAACAAAUUAAAAAGUUGCGUGCUUGUUGACGUACCAGUACCAGAAAAAAUGCUUGGUGCUCCUUUAUUAGGUUUUGAGGACAGGGAAUUGAUCACUUCAGCCUUUACGGCGGCUUUAAAUGCUAUAAAUGACAUAAAAGUGGACCAUAAAGAGGACUUAGUAGUUCCAUUUGGACUAAGUUGCUAAACGCACUAUUUUAUCUGUCUUAUGUUAACCUGAAGUUUACCAGUGAAAACUUAUUAUUAUAAUUUAUGGUGUAAAAUAAAGUUAAUACUCAACUUUAUUGUUACGAUAAAAAUUAUAUUAAUCACUGUAAUUCGUUAGGUAAAUUUGUCUUUGUAUAUAAUAUGAAUGCGUUAAUAUAUCACUAAUUUUAAGAAUAAAAUUAUUAAGUCACAUAGCUUUAAGAUAAUAAAAGAGAAAAAAAUUAAGUGAAAACCUAAUUAAUAGUUGAUUUGUUUUUAAUAGUAGUGUUUUUGUAUCAUAUGUUAACGUAUUGGUCUAUUUUUUUAAAUACAUUUGGCCUAGAUGGCUUAGUACUAUCUGUGUAAUGAAAAAGAAAUAGAUUUAUUUACAUAGAA